UCCUUCCGGGUUUCUUUCUUUCCACAAGAUGGCAGCGUCUGAAGAGGAGUUACUGCUGCCGCGGCUUCCGGAGCUCUUCGAAACCAGCAAGAAACUUCUGGAGGACGUGGAAGUAGCAACCGAACCCACCGGCUCCCGAACAGUCCAGGAUAAGGUGUCCAAAGGACUAGAACUCCUUGAGAAGGCUGCUGGAAUGUUAUCGCAGCUUGAUUUGUUCAGCCGAAAUGAAGAUUUAGAAGAGAUUGCUUCCACCGACCUGAAGUACCUGAUGGUGCCGGCGUUGCAAGGAGCUCUCACCAUGAAACAAGUCAACCCCAGCAAGCGUCUAGAUCAUUUGCAGCGGGCUCGAGAACACUUCAUACAUUUCUUAACUCAGUGUCAUUGCUACCAUGUAGCAGAGUUUCAGCUACCCCAAACCAAGACUAACUCAGCUGAAAAGAAUACUGCUAGCUCCUCCAUGGCCUAUCCAAAUCUCGUUGCUAUGGCAUCUCAAAGACAGGCUAAAAUAGAGAGAUACAAGCAGAAGAAGGAGGUGGAACAUAGGUUGUCUGCACUGAAAUCUGCUGUGGAAAGUGGCCAAGCAGAUGAUGAGCGUGUUCGUGAAUAUUACCUCCUUCACCUUCGGAGGUGGAUUGGGAUCAGCUUAGAAGAGAUUGAGAGCAUUGACCAGGAAAUAAAGAUCCUGAAAGAAAAAGACUCUCCAAGAGAGGAAUCAGCUUGUCACUCAUCUCUUCCAGAGAAGCCGCCAAUGAAACCCUUCAUCCUCACUCGGAACAAGGCACAAGCCAAAGUGUUUGGAACUGGUUAUCCAAGCCUGGCAACUAUGACGGUGAGUGACUGGUAUGAACAGCAUCAGAAAUUCGGAGCAUUGCCAGAUCGGGGAAUAGCCAAGCCGGUCUCAGCUGAUUUCCAAAGAGCAGCUCAACAGCAGGAAGAUCAAGAGCAAAAGGAUGAAGAGAAUGAGGAGAAAGCCUUGCACAGGAUGCGAGAGUGGGACGACUGGAAAGACACCCAUCCCAGGGGCUAUGGCAACCGACAGAACAUGGGCUAGUCAUCCCAGAAGGCCAAAGGACAAUGUGGUGCACACCUUCACACCAAGGACAACUUCAGGAGGGUGCAGUGAGAGCAGCCAUGCAGAGUCUUGCUUUGCAUUUGAUAGUGUCAAAUAAUUGCUUGUACCCUAUAGGUAAUGACCAGUGAAUUUUUGUUUGGCUUUAUUAA